AUGCUUGCGUUCACAGUUUACGUUGCGGUUGCUAUACCAGAAAACCUGGUGCAUAUUCAAGAAGGAGAUGAAAAUGUAAAAUUACAUGUCAACUUAGACGAAUGGGUUAAUGCUAACUCAUAUAAGGAAUUAGAUGCAAAGGAUUUUAAUCAAUAUCUGCUGUUUACACGGUUGAAACCAACUUCUUCCCAGACUCUCGUAAUGGACGAUGUUGAUACAAUUACUUCAUCUAAUUAUAAUCCUAACGUUCCAACUAUAGUAGUAGCUCAUGGCUGGCUCGGCAAUCGGCAUACAAAUCUGAAUUCAGUUAUUAGCAAUGCGUUCCUCGAAAAUGGCGAUAACAAUGUUAUAAUUUUGGAUUGGAGCCAAGUUGCGAUGUCAGGAUACUUUAGUGCAAUUGCAAAAAUACCAGAAGUUGGUCAAAAUUUAGGAAAAUUCUUAUCUUUUCUGAACAAAGUUACUAGGGCUUCAUUCGAUUCAAUGCAUUUAGUUGGCUUUAGCUUGGGAUCUCACGUUGUUGGAAAUGCUGGCAGGGAGCUAAAUGAAAGAAUUGCGCGUAUUACCGGCUUGGAUCUAAUAAGUCCUAUUUGGUAUUUAAAUAACAACCGAUUAAACAAAAAUGACGGCAUAUACGUUGAAGUAAUUCAUACUAAUGGUGUGGAUUCAACAGUGAAUAUGGCUAUAGGCGAUGCAGAUUUUUACCCUAAUGGAGAACGUUCACAGCCAGGUUGUUCUUCAACUAGUUGCAAUCACAAUAGAUCCUGGGAACUAUUUGCUGCUACAGUUACCGAUAAUCAUUUGGCGGGAAGAGAAUGUUAUUCAAUACAAAUGAUUUCAUCAAACACUUGUCAAGGAAAAUUAUUUGAAAUGGGUAAUGGAAACAUAAACAAGAGAGGAUUGGGUCUUUAUCAAUUGGAAACUGGAAGCAUCUAUCCAUUUUAG